CUUACUCCACAACCACACUUACACGCCCGACCAGCCGCACAUACUCCACGACCAGCCACGCGUACUUGCCACAGUGCCCGCGCCCGUCAUAGACCGAGCCCUUGGGACCCGCGAUACUCGUAGCAGAUUGCAGGUGCAACGACCCGUGGCUUUGUGAACACGCAGCGUCGUCGAUUGCAGACAACGGAAAGCAACACACCUACAUCCCCGCUCUCCUGCCGACUAUCCGCGAUAUAUACGAUACCCGGGGGCUAAGUGAAAACAUCCGACUACACCAGCAGAGGCACUCCGUUCCUGCGUAGGGGUGACGCCGCCUCGCCUUCGCCUCCUUUGCCGCUUUUGCGCUCUUAUAAAUCACAAUGGCCGUCUCCAUACAAGACCGCACGGACGAGUUCCGCUCGAUCCUCGCGCAGGCGCAACGAAAACAGGCACAGUCAAAAACGGGGGCGCAGCGGCAGUCUCUCCUGACUGCUCAGCAGAAAGCGGAAGCAAAUGGCACGUCGGCACAGCGCAAGCACUCCGAGUUCCAGCGUAGUGCUCGCGAUGUUGCCCGCGCCAUCUCGGGCACCAUGGCAAAACUAGAGCGCCUCUCUCAACUAGCAAGACGCAAGACACUGUUCGACGACCGGCCCGUGGAGAUUGAUGAAUUGACUUUCGUCAUCAAACAAGACAUGGCACAGCUGUCACGGCAGAUCCAGGACCUCCAGGCUCUCACAAGCAAACAACAUCCGAAGGCGAAACCUGGUGCCGACCAGGAGGGCGAACAUAAUCAUCAGGUGGUCGUUAUGCUCAAAGACAAACUUCAAAACGUGGGCGGAAGCUUCAAGGAUGUGCUUGAAGUUCGGACCAAGAACAUGCAGGCGUCGCGAUCGCGGACGGAACAGUUCCUCUCCACAGCUGCGUCACAUUCGCAGACGAGCCUUGAUCCCAGUAGAACAGACUCGCCGCUUUACCAAACACCACAGCGAGGGAGAUCACCAGGUGGCUACCGGAAUACGAACGCUGCACAACAGGAUCUUCUGUCGCUUGAUCCUUCGGGAUCAUCAGCGCUGACUCGCGGUGGCCCUCAAUCGGAUGCCCAGCUCAUGCUGAUGGAAGAAGCGCAAGCGCCGAACCAGUAUAUUCAGCAACGUGGACAUGCGAUAGAGUCCAUCGAAAGCACAAUAUCCGAACUUGGAAGCAUAUUCGGCCAAUUGGCGCAGAUGGUGUCCGAACAGGGAGAGCAGAUCCAGCGCAUUGACGCCAACACCGAAGACGUUGUAGACAACGUUGAGGGUGCACAGCGCGAGUUGAUGAAGUACUGGAACCGUGUGCAGGGCAACAGAUGGCUUGUCGCCAAGAUGUUUGGUGUUUUGAUGAUAUCAAAGCUAAUAGAGUGCAGUCUUCCUAUUGUGGGUUCUUAUUGCCGGGUAGACGCUUGCAUUCUCCUUUCUUUCUGGUCGUAUCAGUCAUUUGGUGUACGGCGUUAGGCAAGAGGGAUGUCAUCGGCAACACUGGCCUUUCUCAUACAUCGUCCUGGCUUGGGGGCAAGCCAGGCAGUUGCGUAUAUUCAGUUGUACUAUCUUCUUGUUUGUUUGCAUGUAUCAAAUCCUACGCGCGAGGCCUCAGAGCCGAGCACUUAUCCGAUUUAAUAGACGCUUUCCCUCCGUACGGCUACGCGCACGGUGAGCUCCAC